AUGGAGGAGUUCCGGCAGCCCCACCCGUUGCCCCUGCCCAGCCCUGGGAACCAGGAGGAAACAGAUGAAAGGACAACCUUGGUCUGUAAACUGAGGAAUAAACAAAGAAUGAGCAAUCUUUCAUCAGCCACUUUUAAUGUUAUCAACUCUAUCAUAGGAUCUGGUAUAAUAGGCUUGCCUUAUUCUUUGAGGGAAGCUGGCUUUCCCUUAGGAGUAUUGCUGCUCUUGGGCGUUGCCUACAUCACAGAUUAUUCUAUUAUCUUGCUGAUUAAAGGAGGGAACCUGUCUGGUGCGAACAGCUAUCAGUCACUAGUCAAUAAAACGUAUGGCUUUAUGGGGUACCUUCUUCUUUCAGCUCUUCAGUUUUUAUACCCUUUUAUUGCAAUGAUUAGCUACAACAUUAUAACAGGAGAUACUCUGGCAAAAGUUUUUCAGAGAAUUCCUGGAGUUGAUCAAGAUAAUUUACUUAUUGGUCGCCAUGUCAUCAUUGUGUGUGUAACCCUCCUCUUCACUCUUCCUCUUUCUCUUUAUCGGAAUAUAGCAAAACUGGGGAAGGUGUCUUUUCUAUCUUUGGUUUUAACGGUCAUCAUCCUGGUUAUUGGGAUUAUAAGAACAGUUACGUUUAGUUCGCAGAUACCCCAAACAGAAGACGCCUGGGUGUUUGCAAAGCCAAAUGCAAUCCAAGCCAUUGGAGUGAUGUCAUUUGCAUUCAUUUGCCACCACAACAGUUUUUUAAUUUACAGAUCUCUGAAGGAACCCACGCUAAGCAACUGGGCUCGCAUCACGCACGUGUCUGUUUCGUUCUCGGUGUUUGUCAGCUUGGUGUUUGCUACUUGUGGAUAUGUGACAUUUAGAGAAUAUACCGAAGGAGACAUAUUCGAAAAUUAUUGCAGAGAUGAUGAUCUUGCUACAUUUGGAAGGUUUUGUUAUGGGAUCACGGUCAUCCUGACUUUUCCAAUAGAAUGUUUUGUUACCAGAGAGGUCAUUGCAAAUGUGUUUUUCAGUGGGAAACUCACAACUGUUUGGCAUGCCACCUUGACGGUCAUCGUGGUGGUUGUAGCGACAGGCAUCUCUUUAGUGUAUGACUGCCUAGGAAUCGUUUUGGAGCUGAAUGGAGUCCUCAGUGCUACUCCGCUGGUCUUCAUUCUGCCUGCAGCCUGUUACCUGAAGCUGUCUGAAGAGCGGUGGACCCAUCCCGAUAGCCUUCUCUCUGGACUCAUCCUGGCUGUGGGCGUGCUAGUGAUGAUUGUUGGCUUUAUUAUGACUAUUUUGCAUCCCCAGGAAUGCGGCCAUGGAAAAGAAAUGCCAUACUGCUUCCCUGGAAAUUCUUCCCUCUACAAUAAUACAAGUCCAUCUUCUCAGUCAAUUCACCAACCCUAA